AUGAGAACAAGUUCAAUACAAAAGAUGUUAAUAUUACUGGUUUAUUAUGGCUUCUUGUUUCUGAAUUAUGUUAAUAGAAAUGCUGUAGCUAUUGAAUGCUUAGCUUCUGAUCAAGAAGCUCUUCUAGACUUCAAAAAUGGGCUUCAGUAUUCUCACAACCGCCUCUCUUCAUGGAGAAACACCAACUGUUGUCAAUGGCAAGGAAUACGCUGUGACAACGUCACAGGUGCUGUCGUUGCAGUCGAUCUCCAUAAUUCUUCCCCCAGCAAGAAUGAAAUGUGGAACAUAAGUGGUGAGCUGAGACCAUCUUUGAUGAAGCUCAAGUCGCUAAGGCAUCUUGACUUGAGCUUCAACACGUUCAGUGGAAUACCAAUUCCUAAAUUUUUGGGAUCACUGAUGCAUUUGCAAUAUCUGAACCUGUCAAAGGCUGGCUUUGCUGGUUUAAUUCCACCUCAUCUGGGAAACCUUUCUCACCUGCAGUCUCUCGGUCUCGCUGAUUAUAGCCUGCAUGUUGAAAAUCUAGAAUGGGUGGCUGGCCUCGUAUCUUUGAAACAUUUUACAAUGGAUGGAGUCGACCUUUCAUCCGUAGCGACAACAGAUUGGGUUAGUGCAUUAAACCAGCUACCUUCUUUAAUGAAAUUGCAUCUAUCUUCUUGCCAACUUUUCGGACAAAUUCCAUCUCCUCCAUCUCUCAAUUUAACUUCACUUUCUGUCAUAGAUCUUAGUUUUAAUAAAUUUUCUUCUAUGAUUCCUGAUUGGCUAGUUAAUAUUAACACCUUACAACAUCUUGACAUAAGCAAUAAUAAUCUGCAUGGAAAAAUACCACUUGGCUUAAGAGACCUACCAAACUUGCAGUAUUUGAAUUUAGGGAACAAUGAAAAUCUCAAAGCAAGCUGUUCUCAACUCCUGAUGAAAGGAUGGGAAAGGAUACAAGUACUUGAUUUGUCGAUUAAUAAAUUACACGGGAGACUUCCUUCAUCCAUUGGAAACUUGACCUAUCUUACUUACUUGGAUCUUCAUGAUAAUGCUAUUGAGGGUGGUAUUCCUAGUUCCAUUGGUCAACUCUGCAACUUGAAUAUUCUUGAUUUAUCAAGAAACAAGAUGACAGGAACUCUACCUGAAUUUCUUCCUUCCCGAAAACCUCUUCCUAAUCUUGUGUAUUUUAUCAUGAGCUACAAUCAACUUCAUGGUAAAAUUCCAGAUUGGUUAGUUCAAUUAGAAAGUCUAGCCGGUAUAGACCUUGCACGUAACCAGCUUGAAGGUCCCAUUCCUUUUUCCUUAGGGUCAUUGCAAAAUCUUACAACCUUGAUACUUGAAAGGAAUCAAUUAAAUGGUACUCUCCCAAAGAGCUUAGGACAACUUUCAAAGUUAUCACGCUUAGAUGUUUCUUCCAAUCAAUUGACAGGCAUGGUGAGUGAAGAUCAUUUUUCUAAGCUAAGUAAGUUGAAUUUUUUGCACAUGUCUUCCAAUUCGUUCACUAUAAAUGUCUCUGCCAAUUGGCUACCGCCAUUCCAAGUAUAUUCUCUUCAUAUGGGUUCAUGUGCUCUGGGGCCUUCAAUUCCCCCUUGGCUGAUAUCACAAACUAAUCUCCGCGAGUUAGUGUUCUACAAUGCUAGCAUCCUCGGUUUUAUUCCAAAUUGGUUUUGGAAUAUUUCAUCCGACUUAACAUUUUUAAACAUGUCUCAUAAUGAGUUACAGGGUCGGCUUCCAAAUCCGUUGCCCAGGGCAUUUUCUUCUAAUCACAUGAUUGACCUAAGCUUUAAUCUUCUUGAAGGCCCGCUUCCCGUUAUAACACCUGGAUUUUAUUUGCUAGACCUCUCACACAAUCUCUUUUCUGGUGAAAUCCCAUUGAACAUAAGUCAACACAUGCAUUAUGUGGGAUAUUUAUCUCUUUCACAUAAUCAACUCCAUGGAGAAAUACCAUUGUCUUUAGGAGAAAUGUAUUUUGUUACUGUCAUUAAUCUUUCAAACAACAACUUAACUGGAAAGAUCCCUUCAAGCCUUGCAAAUUGCUCUUAUCUGGAUGUACUAGACCUUGGGAAUAAUAGUCUGUUUGGUAGAAUUCCAGGUUCCUUGGGCCAAUUAAAAGAACUAAGAUCAUUGCACCUUAAUGACAACAGCUUUUCAGGGGAUUUCCCAUCAUCAUUAACAAAUUUGUCCAUUUUGGAAACCAUGGAUCUUGGCUACAAUUUUUUGUCUGGUACUAUUCCAACUUGGUUUGGACAAAGCUUUCCAUUUCUAAGAAUUCUAAUUUUGAGGUCUAAUGCAUUUUAUGGAGAAUUGUCACUUGACUUUUCAAAACUAGGUUCUCUACAAAUCCUUGACCUUGCUAGAAAUUACUUGAGUGGGAACGUUCCCGCUAGCUUGAGUUAUCUGAAAGCAAUAGCCCAAGUGCAGAAGAAAAACAAGUAUUUACUGUAUGGAAAAUUUGAAGAACACUACUAUGAAGAAAGCUUAGAUGUGUAUAUAAAAGACCAACUAUUAAAGUAUACCAGGACUCUUUCCCUUGUUACUAGCAUAGACCUUUCUGAUAAUAAUUUCACCGGCAAUAUUCCCAAUGAAAUAACAGAAUUGUAUGGUUUGGUGGUUCUCAACUUGUCAACAAACCAUAUAACUGGCCAAAUUCCUGAAACCAUGUCAAAUUUGCUUCAACUAUCCUCUCUUGAUCUCUCAAACAACAAACUUACUGGAACAAUUCCUUCAAGUUUGUCUUCCUUGUCAUUUUUGGGGUCCCUACAUUUGUCCAAUAACAACCUCAGGGGUGUCAUUCCUUAUACAGGUCAUAUGACAACCUUUGAUGCUUUAACUUUUACUGGGAAUCCUGGUCUUUGUGGUCCUCCACUCCCUGUGAAGUGUUCGGGUGAUGAUGACAACAGACAUAGUACUAAUAAUGAUACAAAUGGUGAAGGUUUGUUUGAUAACUGGUCUUACUUGAGCCUUGGUUUGGGGUUUGCAACAGGUAUUCUUGUUCCUUAUCUCAUUAUAACAAUCAAGAGUUCUUGGGGAGAUGUAUAUUUUGAUUCUGUGGAUCAAAUUAUUUACAAAUUAUUGAGGUUAACACGCAGACAAGGAAAAGAUAAUGGCCAAAGGAGAAAGAUACAUCAGAGGCAAUAG